AUGUCAACGGUUGCUCUGCCCAAUACCGAUUUUCAAUCGCAAAUCAGUGUCGAAGACCUGAGGUCUCUGGCUGCCAAAUUCGAUAUUCUGCUCGAGUGUGGUGCAGAUGAAGAUGCAUACUUGACCCUUCUGCAGUCUGCAGAAGCCAUCUACGAACAUUUCGAGAACGUCGACGACUACAUCCAUCCGGCUUUGGUGCCCGUACCAACACAGUCGGAACGGAAGUAUUGGCGACCCCAACGAGAGGACAAUGUAUUGAAUGCAUGGAGUCAUCGAUGUGAACUCAAGGCCACCAACCCCAAGACAGCCUUGCUUGCUGGACGUUCUGUUGCUUUCAAAGAUAACAUUUCUGUAGGAGGCCUCCCUACAACCCUUGGAACGCGGUCCAGCCUCCUUUCCAUGCAGGGUACAGAUUAUCCCAUCUCGACAAUUGAUGCGAGCAUCGUCUCCAGAGUGCUUGAUGCUGGUGCAUUAGUCAAAGGAAUUACGACGUGCGAGACUUAUUCAGCUUCCACACUAUCAUCAACCUCAUUCCGGGGACCGGUGCAGAAUCCCUGGGCACAUGGCUACAGUGCUGGCGGCAGUAGUAGCGGUAGUGGGGCUCUAGUAGGCGCAAACCUCGUCUCGAAGGUCAAGGGAGUCAGCUUUGGUGAUUCUGUAGAUAUGGCUAUCGGAGGUGACCAGGGCGGAAGCAUUCGCCUUCCAGCUGCCUACAAUGGCUGCUACGGGAUGAAGGCUACCCAUGGACUCAUUCCAUACACAGGCGUCAUGGCUCUCUCACCUAUGGUGGAUAGCGUCGGCCCCAUUGCCAACAAUCUUGAAGACAUCGCCCUCCUGCUGCAGGUGUUGGCUGGAUACGACGGCAUAGACGCUCGAAUGACGGCCGAAUCGCCCUUGAGGGACCGUGUGCCUGAAUAUCCAGCCUUGCUUCGAGACUCCUUCGCCGAGUGCCAGUCGUCAACAUCAAAUACACGGCCUUCUUUCAGAGUUGGGCUUCUAAAAGAGGCUUUUCAGGUUCCAGGCAUGGACCCAGCCAUUGCCAGCCAUGUUCAGGACAGUGCUAGGCAAGCUUUUGAGGCGAUGGGUGUGCCUGUCGUGGAAAUUUCCGUUCCGCUUCACGCUGAGGGGCCUUUGUUCUGGACAGCGGCAACCCGAGCCACAAUGUCAGAUUGGGGUAUUGCCAUGCAGACACCUGGCUAUCUCUCAUACCAUCCACCUCACAUGAAGUUACAAUGGCCACCGAACCAGGACAUGUACGAACUACUGUCUGACACGAAUCCCACCAUUAACAACCUCAUCUUCAGCAGUGCUUUCCUCAAGGACAAGUAUGGCCCGGGAGUCGAGGCAAAGGCGCAUCGCAAGGUCUUCCAACUACGUCAAGCCUACGAUGACGCCUUGAGCCAGGUCGACGUACUGAUCAUGCCUACCACGCUUGGGCUUGCUUCACAACAUCCAGAACUCACACGCGAUGGAAAGAGAACAGGGAUAAUGGAGCGAAUUAACCCUGCCAUCGGGCUGAGUUCGAACACUUGUCCUUUCAACGUGACUGGGCAUCCAGCGCUGACUGUCCCUUGCGGCUUUGGGAAGGAUGCGAAGACCGAUCAGAUGCUGCCAGUGGGUAUGCAAAUUGUGGGAAAGAGAUGGGACGAGACGAUGGUUUUGAAGGCAGCCGCGUUCUUUCAUGCUGGUCAACAGGACAUAGAGAAGGACUCCUCCCAAUCAGGGCAAUCUCAUAGAUGA